CUAAAAACACCCGCCGAAAAGAAAGCUGCCAAAAGUUCCAUGGCAGCAGCAGCCGCCCGUUCCCUCUCCAUAUUCAAAAGGGCAGCUCAAUUUCUCCGCCACCAGCACUUCUCGUCGUCGUCGGCGGCGAAUCACGGGCCGUGGGAUUUCUAUUACGAUGACAGUGAAGGCGAGGAAAGUGCCGUGUAUCAGCACGCCCUCAAAUUCCAACGGCCGUCAACCAUAAAACAAAACCAAGUUCUACACAACUCCGUCAGUCUCAUAGGAAAAAUUGAUUCUCCGUUCAGAAGAAUUAACACCACUAACGGCGCUUUUGGCCUUCAUACUUUCCUCAAUGUCUCCGCUUCUUCUCAGUCCCGUCCCUUUUUUAAAGUUAUGCUGAAGAUGUGGGAUGAAAUGGCGGAAGUGUCAAUGGAGCAUUUGAAACCGAAGGAUUUGGUCUAUGUUUGGGGUCAUUUGAGAUCAUACAAUAAGACUGACCAGAAUGGUAAACACAUGAUGAGAUACGAGGUAGUUGUCAAGGAAAUAAAUUUUGCGACUCCAGAUGUUCAAGUCUCAGCAACCCCAGAAUUUGAGAAGAAAGAAUCAGGAGAUGAAGAUGAAUUGGAGAAGUAUAGGAACCGGAUCCAUUUGUGGCAAAUUUUCUUCGCUAGCCCUUAUGAAUGGAUGGACUUCAGGAAGAGUAAAGUCAAUCCUAAAUACCCAGACUUUAAGCACAGAGAUACUGGUGAAGUUCUCUGGCUCAGGACGGAUGAUCCACCGUGGAUAAAAAGACAGUUGGACAUUCUAGAUUCUAGAUUAGUUUACCAAGGUUUCUAAGAACAAUUAAGCUCCAUAUAAGACGUCUUUCUGAACGGACGCAUGCAGAACAGUGCUGGAACCUGGUACAAGAGCCGAAGUGCUUGCGAAGCAUAGAAGACUACAAACACUGUUCAGGUUUGCUACAAACAUAAACGUGCUGUUAGAUAUGUGCAUAUUUCUUAUAAUACAACUUGCUUUGGUAAAUAUAAUAGGAUCCCCACUAUUGAUGAGAAGAAAGCCACCCCGUGUUUAGGCUACAAGUUAUGACUACACUUGGCAGUUGACCAAUUGAACUAGUUGUUUAGUGCUGGAUGCUGUUGAAAUUUUGUUUCUUGAAAAGUAUGUCUUGUACAUAAUUUUCUUGUAAGAUCAACACUUGUAUUACAAAAUAUCAUGGCUGCCCUCCCAUUUACCAACAUAUGCCUGGUUCAUUAUCA